AUGGCCUCCUCUCCGUCGGAUCAGAAAACCUCGAGUCAGGACAGGAAAGGCUCUGCAGAGGUCAGGAAGGGUUCAGGAGAGACCACGAAAGGUUCUGGAGAGGCCAAGAAGAAAAGUUUUGCCAGGACGGGUUCGGCUGAGGCCAGGAGGGCUUCUGUCGAGGAGUGGAGGGGUUCGGCUGAGGACCAGGGUAGUCUGUCCACCAUCCCUUCCAGUGUGAAACCCAGCGAGGUGCCCUGGGUCACCCUGCUGAGAGCCUUGGGCCGCUUCAAGUUGGCGCUCCCGGAAAUCCGCCGGGACCGUCUGCUGGCCACCCACGACCCCCUGUCCUUGGAAAGGCCAGCCCUGCCAUGUAUGAAGCACAAGACACCAGUGAAGAGAUUCUGGGGCGACCACCAGCCUCUCUCCAAGAUCCCAUAUAAAAUUCUAAUUGGGCACAGGCACCCAGUGAGUUCCUGCCACUUCUGUGUGAACGACACAAAGCUCCUCAGCGGCUCCCACGACUGUUCGGUGAAGCUGUGGGAUGCUGCUGAUGGAUUUGUUGUUCGGAAUUUUGAGCCACAACCCAAAGCUCCUGUUUCAGAGUGCAGUAUCACAGCUGACAGCAGAAGGAUCGUUGCAUCAGCCUAUGAUAAAUCAGUGAGGGCUUGGGACGUUGAGACAGGCCAGAUGCUGUGGAAGGUCAGGCACGAUACCUUUGUAGUGUCCUGUAAGUUCUCUCCUGAUGGAAAAUACGUAGUCUCAGCCUUGGAUGUGGAUCGUUCAAUCUGCAUAAUGGAUCCAGAAAACAUCACCACUGUGAUCUACGUCAAAGAUCAUCACACAAGGUCCAUCACGGCAUGUUGCUUUGACCCUGACAGUCAGAAGGUGGCUUCCGUCUCGAUGGAUAGAUGCAUCAAGAUCUGGGAUGUUACAUCCCAGGCCACGCUGCUCACCAUCACCAAGGCACACGCCAACACCAUCUCAGAUUGCUGUUUCACCUUCAGUGGCCACUUCCUGUGCACGAGCUCCUGGGACAAAGACAUCAAAAUAUGGAACGUCCACACUGGAGAGUUUCGAAACAAAGGAGCCUGCGUGACUCUGAUGAAGGGCCAUGAGGGCUGUGUGAGCUCCUGCUGCUUUGCCAGAGACAGCUCUUUUCUCAUUUCUGGAGGAUUUGACAAGACUGUGGCUAUUUGGGAUGUAGGAGAAGGCUACCGGAAGUUGUCAUUGAAGGGCCAUAAUGACUGGGUGAUGGAUGUUGCCAUUAGCAGCAACAAGAAAUGGAUCCUCUCUGCUUCAAAGGACAAGACCUUGAGACUAUGGAAUAUUGAAGGAAUUGACCAAAUUCCUUUGGUGAUGGAGAACCAAAAAGCCUCAGGCUUCAAGGUGAAACAGUGCACAGUAUGUGACCAACCUUUCUCCACCUUCGAAAGUGACACUGCAACACCUGAACUGGCCACUCAGUGUGUGUUCUGCCGGAGAGAUGCAGAGGGCUCAUCAUCUGAGACCUCAUCGUUGUUGUCAUUGGAGGAGAACAAGGAGUGAUGGCCAUGGGCUGCUAUGUAGCUUGAUGGUCUGGCAGGGCUCUUCUCUGGGUCCCCUCCUCAGCUGAGUGCACCUAUCAGACUCAGGCUGGGGCCAGGCCUUGGCUGAGCUCUGGACACAGCUGAGUCUUCUGCCCCACACCACCUUUCUAGGUAGCACUUUUUCAUCUAAAAUAAAUCUAGAUUCCUUUGGGAAACAAGUGUGCAUGUGUAUUAGUAACUUUUCUGUUGCUGUGAUAAAACAGCAUGACCAAGGCAACUUAUAGAAGGAAGUUUAUUUGGGUUAUGGCAGGGAGGCGUGGUGGCAGAGGUGGCCAGAGCAGAAAGCCCAGUGCUCAUUGUCAAGCAGGCACAGGAAACCGAGCUGCAGAUUGAAAGUGGGCAAACUAUAUACUCUCAAAGCCUCCCUCCAGGGACGUGAUUCCUACAGCAUGGCCAUACCUUCUAAAGGUUCCAUGAUCCUCCCGAAACUGUACCACAAACUGGAAACCAAGUGUCCAAAUACUUGGAGCCUAUGGGGGACAUUCUCAUUCAAACCACCACAGCGUGUGAUCCUAGAAGCAGUUUGCUUUUAUGUCCUAGUGUCCAUCCAGUUUCAAUCUUAGAACACAUCCCCUCACGUUUGGGAGUCUGGAGCUGCCUUGGAAGUUGGCCCUUAACUGGCAUCUGUACUUAUUGAAAACGUUUGUCAAGGGAAUAUGAUAUGUGGGGCCCUCUCUUUGGAUGGCAAGACAAUAAAACCGCUAUGGU